AACAACUGGUGAAGGACGAACACCCAACACUCCCUCCAAAGAGUUAGAAUUUUGAAGUUUCAAUUCCCCCCUCCAACAAAUUUAAAAGGCGACACUAUACGCUCCUGUCCAGCCAGUUUGUUGUUGGCAAAAUAGGUCUAGUGGAAAGUUAUACAUCGAGUAUGUAGCUUUUCAACCGUACAAUGUACUUGUGAAGAAGAAAAAUAUAUAAAUGUUUUAGAAGUAUUUAGUUUAUUUAUAUAUCUCUCAUCAUGUGGUCCCGUGGGGAUCCGGGUUAGAAAAGGUCCUCAGUACCCCUUGCUUGUCGUAAGAGGCGACUAAAUGGGGCGGUCCUUCGGAUGAGACCGCUAAAACCGAGGUCCCGUGUCACAGCAGGUGUGACGCGAUAAAGAUUCCUCCCUGCUCAAUGGCCAUAUAAGUACCGAGCAUAGGCCUAAAUUUUGCAGUCCUUCACCGGCAGUAGUGACGUCUCCAUAUGAAUGAAAUAUUGUCGAGUGAGACGUUAAACAAUAUUCAAUCAAUCAAUCUCAUUAUGUGCAACUCGAUUUUAUCCCAACGUGCAGAAUGAAUUAACAAAUAAAUUAAAUGAAUUGAAUAAAUCUUUAUUCACGGAUAAAACAAUAAAUAUGCAUUGCAUAAUGUGCACAUACACAACAUAAAUUUUGACUUGAAGAACAUGAUUGUAAAUGACAUUUCACGACGAAUUUUCUGAUUUUGAGGUGAAUGCAAAUAAUUAGUAGUAUAAUGCAAUUUCUUUUCUUUAAAUACAUGUUUAAAGAUUAUACCAAGUCGACUAUAACAUUGCUGAGAUAAAAUUUAUUUUUCAAGUUUCAUUAAGUACAGUCGUGAUGGAAAAUCCUUCUGGACUCACUAUUACUGAGAUGCAGACAACUGAUCCUGUGGACUCAGUACCAGCUUCCAUACCUGAACCUGCAUGUACUUCGAAUUGUGAAAGUAAUCUGACUGUACCCCAAGCAGACGGGAUACAUGAAAACUGUGAACCUGCUGUCUCCGAAAAUGUAAAAAGUGAACCAAAGAGGAGGAAAAAAGUAUCAAUGGAAGAAUUGCAGAAAAUGCAAUAUGAGGUAUUACGUUGUCAUAAAACACACUUCGAGCUCCAGACUAUGAAAUUAAAAAAGGAAAUGGACAGAGACGAUAUGGAAAAAGAAAACUUGAAAUUAAGAAAUAUAAAGCUGUCUCUGAAGAUUGAAUGUUUAAAACAGAAUGUAAGCCAAAAUGAAAGUGCCAUGUUUGCCUUACAGGCUAUCAAUGAAAUUUAGGUGACAUUGUUCAAGAGGGAAAAGUUAGAGAAUGAAUUCAAUUUCAUUCAUUCUUUCACCUUGGUACUAAUCCAUCUAUACAUAUUCAUCGUAUUCGUCAUUUAACUCUUUUGUACGUGGUGUCAUGUAAUGUCUUUGUGAAUAGUGUUUGCUGAGAUAGAUAUUUGUAGGAUGAGUAUUUUAUCAGAAAUUGAAGAACGAGUUUUUAGGGAGUGGUAGUUGUGAACGCAUGUGUGUGAACUUAUACAAAGAGGAUUAACACUAAUCAAUACGGAAGUUCCGAGUUCCUCAACAGUUAUUUCCCUUUAUCGAACUCUUCCGUAAAUUAUGACGCAAAAUAUGAUGACAGUGGGUACAUUUGCUAAUUACUAUCGUUGUGUUAUUUCUUAGAAGAUGAUAUCCAGAGUUUAUGAGACCAUCCUAUAUCAGGGAAAAGGCAACUUUAGUGAGUUUAUGAAUAUUGAAUAACAAAAUGGCUCAAACAAAUUAAUUGCCAUCUUUCUUUGGUAAAAGGGUCACUCAUGUCGACGAGGAAACGAAUAAUGAUUUAAUAGCUAAUUUGAUGAUCUUAUUCAAACAAAUUAUGCUUGAUAUGGCCAGAAUAUGCAUACCAGUGAUUGAUAUAAACAAAAGUUACGCUUUCAUUAUAUUAAUCGUACGUAAUCGUUAUGUACAGUGCCAGUCUACGAUAUAAUGUAUACAUUGUGUACCCACCAUGCAUCAUAAAAUGCGAAAGAGUUCGACAAAGGGAAAUAACUUUAGGGUAACUCGGAAUUUACGUAUUAAUAUUUUACAAGAUUGACUUUGGUAACACAGUACAUCAGGUUGAAUCUCGCACCGAGAUACUAUAUAUACAGCUACAUAUUCCUUUACGGGAAAUGACGAUAUAUUACUGGUAUAAGAAUUAAAUCCUUUUUAAAUCUAUAUGAUAUUAAUUUAUUGCUCAAAUUAUCGUAUGUGAGAGGCAUUGCAUGUGCGAAUGUUUCAUUUUCAUUAUAGAUCAUCGUCAUCUAUAUAAAUGGAGACACCAUACGUUGGAAUAAAAUAACUGAAAUCGUAACCUGCACCAAGAGUUAUUCUUGUUGUUA